AUGCAAGAUAGCAGUGAGAUUCACUUUAAAGUGAAAAUGACAACACAUCUCAAGAAACUCAAAGAAUCAUACUGUCAAAGACAGGGCGUUCCAAUGAAUUCACUCAGGUUUCUCUUUGAGGGUCAGAGAAUUGCUGAUAAUCAUACUCCAAAAGAAACGGAGUCUUGCUCUAUUGCCCAAGCUGUAGUGCAUUUUAGGCACCAAGGCUUCUGGAUUUAUAUGGUUCUGGAGAACAUAAAGGAUUUAGGUGAGUGA